AUGGCCGAGCAAGAUCUUGCAGAGUUCUCUGGCGGGAAAGCAGAAGACAUGCCAGAAUCGCUCUGGAAAUGGCUGUCGAAGGAAGCAAAGGCCAACCAAGGAGGUACAGCCUUCAUCGCGACACAUCAGCAUGCGGAUCUUUUGAGCAAUCUGGUGCCACAGAAAACAAGCAAAACCGGGCAUCUGUCUUGGACAUAUCAUCAGCUGCUUGAAGCUGUUGAGCGAUUGUCGGCGUUCUUCAUUCGAAGCAACAUCGCGGCUGGAGAUGCAAUCUACACCUUUUUGGAUAAUGACAGUGCUGCCGAGUGGACCCUCCUCUUCUGGACGGCUGCUCGUUUGGGAGCUGUUCUCGUACCGAUGGACCCGAGAGCUUUGGAGCGAACAGAAGAGGUGGAAAGCUUGAGUGAAAAUCUCAAGUCGAGCGUGGUAGUUGUGCUGGAUGAUGUUCAAGCUCGAGCUUUUGAUCGAUCGAAAGUUGGCGCAAUCAAGCUCAAACUGAUGUGUAAGGAUAUCGGAGGAAUUGAAGGCUGGCAGUCUCUCAAUCAGCUUCAUCUCGACGGAGACGCCACCAUACCUGAUCAUCAUUCAAACCUCGAAGAUGUUGCUCUCAUUAUGUGUACCUCGGGAUCCACUAGCCUCCCUAAAGGCUGCGUUGUCACGGUGCGUGGAUUGAUUGCUCAAACAACACAGUAUCACUCUCUGUACAAUGUUCAGUUCGACAACAAARCUCGGCAUCUUGUCACGGCAGCAGCAUUUCGUCCCGUCUGCUAUCUAAGCUGUCUAAACGCAUGGGCAGCUGGUGGCGCUACAAUCUUCUACGGCAGCGAUUUUGACAUGGAAAAGAUUUUUGCUACAUUCGAGGAGAUGGAGAUUACGCAUGCCUGGUUUGUUCCCGCCAUGGUGCAUUUGCUGUACGGGCACUUUUCGAAGCAGAAUACGGACGUCGCCACAACGAAGACGUUGAAGGUUGUCAUGACUGCUGGGGAUACUCUCGAUCACGAUCUUGUCGAUGCUGCGAGGAAGAUGUUUCCGCAUAAAAGGACGAGAUUCAUACCUCAUUGGGGUAUGUCGGAGGGUGCACCGGUGUUUGGGUUUGUUGGGCAAGAUGCAGAGGUGUUGAAGUUUGAUGAGUCGACGGGCGUUGCAGGAGUUGGCAGGCCGCUUCCGGGGACAAUUGCCCGGGUUUGUCAGCCUGGUACGACAGAUGUAGCGAAAAUGGGCGAGCAAGGAGAGUUGCACGUAUGCUCCGUGGCUACCAUCAAUCGAUAUCUUGGUGGCAGGGCUGCGGAGGAUUUUUAUGAGGACGACAAAGGAAGGUGGUUCAAGACAGGGGAUGCAGCGGUGAUGGACAGAACGGGCGUUGUUUAUAUUGUUGGAAGGACAAAGGACAUUAUUGUUGUGCUGCAUAUGAGGCAUAUCAUACCAAGCGUGUUGGAGGGAUGUUUAAAGAGUGGAUUUGGUGUGGAGGUCGUUGUUGUAGGGGUGAAAGACGAUCAUCAUGGGAAUGUGGCUGCUGCUGUGGUAAAGGGGAUGACGGGAGGAGAGGAGAGGAAGAAAGAGAUGGAUGGGUAUGUGAGGAGGAAGUUGGGAGUGGAUCAAGGGUUGAAAGGUGGGGUGUGGACCUUGGAGGAGUUGAGAAUGCAGGAUUGGCCGUACAACACCUCGAAGAAGAUUCAGAAGAGAGAUCUAGUGGGUAGGAUUGAGGAGUUGAGGGGUGAAAAGUAG